GUUAACAAUAUUACUGUUAACAAUAUUACUGUUAAAUACAGUAAAAUUUUGAUUUACUAACCCAACACUACUAAUGCACUACAAUUAAACAGACCAACAAACAAAUCAUAUCAGUUUUUUAAAAACAACUGGUUACAGUACCGGUUUGAUGUUUUAACGCUAAUAAAGAAAUGCAAAGUAAAUAUUUCAGAACAGGGUUGGCUUCUGUGUUGAACAGCAAAAGAGGUGGAAAUACAGGCAUGAGUUGGAUCAAACCAUUAUAAACUCCUCCUCUCAUGGGAAGGGUAGCUGAGUAACCGAGUCCCCACGAGAGCUGCGCACAUGACAAUAGAAACCACUGCUUCUCACACAGCACAGUUUCUCUGACAGCAAACGCUAACGGUCCUGCUGAGGCUGCGUUGAAAGUGACAUUCCACGGGUGCGUUUGUGAAUGAUUAAUCUCAUCCCUAUAGGCACGAGUGGACACGGCUUCAACUAAAAGGAGAUCUAUAAGUUGCUCUACUAAUGCUGGACUAUUAUGGUCCAGCUUGAGAGUGCCAAGUGCAGUUUCCUUCUCUGCCUUGGAAUCUGUAUCCUUAUCUGUUUCACCAUCUACCUAAAGGCCAAUAUAUCUAACGCACCCCAAGCUUCUCCCUCUCCAAACGACUUUAUGUGCCAAGCCCCGGAGGAAGACUGUCCGAUUCUUCCUUCGCCAAGGCCGGGCUUCAGAUGGGAACGAAAAGACUGUACGAGGAUGACGAGCUAUGUCGCCGACCCCGAUGCGAACUGCACUGAAUUGCAAUCGAAACUUCACUUUAUUAUGGUGCCAUUAAGCAAAGAAGAAGAAGACUUUCCUUUAGCAUUCAUCAUUACUAUACACAAAGAGCUUGAAACAUUUCUUCGACUUCUGAGAGCCAUCUACGCUCCGCAGAACGUCUACUGCAUACAUGUGGACGCUAAAGCGUCAGAGGACUACAAGGCGAGCGUUCGGAACCUCGCCAGGUGCUUUCCGAAUGUCUUUCUGGCUAGCGUCAGCGAAAGGGUGACCUACGCGGGUUUCUCCCGUCUAAAGGCAGACAUCAACUGUAUGGAAGACCUUGUGAGGUCUCCCACGAACUGGAAAAGAGUUAUCAAUUUGUGCGGCCAGGACUUUCCCAUUCAGACCAACCUGGAGUUGGUUCGGUACAUGCAGGAAUCUAAGUGGAAAGAUAAGAACAUGACACCGGGAAUCAAGCAGCCAUCUCACAUCCAGUACAGAACUCAGUUUCAAUACAAGGAAGUCAAGGACUCCCACGUGGCACCAGUAGGCAAACGCUUCACGAAGGGGCCACCUCCACAUAACCUGACCAUCUACUUCGGGACUGCCUAUUACUCCUUGACAAGGCAGUUUGUACAGUAUAUACUCAACAGCCCCGUAGCCAAAGACCUGUUGAGUUGGUCUAGAGACACCUUUAGUCCAGAUGAACAUUAUUGGGUGACGCUAAAUCAUGUGGCAGAAGCCCCUGGCAGUUAUAUUGAGGGUGGAUGGGAAGGCAACGUUCGUGCUAUCAAAUGGAAGGACCAGGAGGGAAUAUCACACCAGGGUUGUAAAGGACAAUACGUCAGGGAUAUCUGCAUAUACGGGACUAACGACUUGCUGUGGGUUGUGGAAAGAUACAGCAUGUUUGCUAAUAAAUUUGAGACUGCGGGCUUCCCUAAAGCUUUGGACUGUCUGGAAUUGUGGCACAGACACAAACUUUUACAGCAAACGAUGGUUCCUAUACAACCAUCAUGGCAUCUUAUCACAGAAGUCCUUGAAGGCACUCCAAAUUCAACAGCAGGGGGGUGAACGUAAAGACAAACAUUACGGCACGAUAUUGUUUCCCUAAAUCGAGUCUCUCUUGGAUCGCAGAAAAAUGACAAGACAUUUGCUGCUCAUGCUACAUUGCAGCUGUAAAGACUUCAUAACUGCUGUAUUAUUAAUAGUAAUGUUAGCCAACUUUAUAUGUUACGAUGAAUAUAUAAUGUAUUGGUCAAGCAUCCAUAAAGCUGACAUAUAAGUGGCAUCUGCCACAUAAAUCUAACAAAUACUGCUACAGAAAACAACCAAGAUUUUAUCGUGUCGUAUAUUAACGUGCAUUGUAGUAGAAAAAUUAUAUUUUAAGUAAUAUAUAUGAAACAUGUGAUUGAAUCCUAUGGUUUUACAUAAUGUUAUUUUGCUUUUUUAUUAAACAUUUGUGUUGAAUCUGAGUAUUGCAUUGCAAUUUCAGUGCCGCCCUGCUUAGCUACUAUCGCUAAUACCGUUUCCAUUACAGAUUUGUGCAAAUCGUCUGCGUUAUUUUCUUAAACUCAA